CCCAGCCAUGGGAGGAAACCACACACAGCCCAAAUUCAUCCUCCUGGGAAUUACAGACACUCCCUGGGAACAGGCCCCUCUUUUUGGGCUCUUUCUGUUGAUUUACAUCGUAACUUUGGCAGGGAACAUUGGGCUGAUAGUCUUGGUUUGGGUGGCUCCCAGCCUCCACACCCCUAUGUACUUCUUCCUCACCCACUUUUCCCUGGCCGACGUCUGCUAUUCCACCAUCAUCUCCCCCAAAAUGCUCACGGAUCUCUUACUUGGGAAUAAAACCAUUUCCUGGGCCGGCUGCGUGACACAAUUCCACCUCUUUGCUCUCUUUGUCACGGCCGAGUGUCACCUCCUGGCUGCCAUGGCCUACGACCGGCUGGUGGCCGUCUGCCACCCCCUGAGCUAUGUCAUGGUCGUGUCCCCCCGGGCCUGCUGGCAGCUGGUGGCCUGGUCCUACCUCGUGGCCUCCCUCAGCGCCCUCGUCUACACCGGCUGCACAUUUGGGGGCUCCUUCUGUGGGCCCCGCCACAUUGACCACUUCUUCUGCGACGCCAGCCCCGUGCUGAGGCUGGUGUGCUCCGACACCCGCGGCAGCGAGGUCGCCAUCUUCGCCCUGGCCACCGCCAAUGGGCUGGGCACCAGCGUGGUCAUCCUGCUCUCCUACGGCCGCAUCCUCCACACCGUCCUGGGGAUGCGCUCGGCGCCCAGCAGGGCCAGAGCCUUCCACACCUGCGCCUCCCACUUGGUGUCCGUGUCCGUGUUCUACGGCACCCUGUUCUUCAUGUACUUGCAGCCGGCGUCCCGGCACGGCAGCCGGGACAAGGUGGCCUCUGUCUUCUACACCGUGGUCAGCCCCAUGCUCAACCCUUUCAUCUACAGCCUGAGGAACAAGGAGGUGAAGGUAGCGCUGGGGAAGUGCAGGAGGAGGAUGUUAAACCUCUGCCGGCAUCAGAGAGGUGCAGCUAAUGGCAUCAGGGAAUCCUGGAAUGUUUUAGGUUGGAAGGGACCUUAAAGAUUGUCUUGUCCGACAUGCCAUGGGUGGGGAUACCUUCCAGUAUCCCAGGCUGCUCCAAACCCCAUCCAAUCUGGCCUGGAACUCUUCCAGGGAUGGAGCAGCCACAGCUUCUCUGGGCAGCCUAUGCCAGGGCCUCACCACCCUCACAGGGAAGAAUUUCUUCCCAGAAUCCCAUCUAAACCCACUCUCAGCUUAAAGCCAUUCCCUGUUGUCCUGCCACUCCAUAACUGUUCCUCUAAAGCAAGAAUAAAAAAAAAAAUAAAAUUUAUUUGGAUUUUUCCUUGAUCCUCACAAUUUUAUGUAGGUUCUUCCACAGUUCUUCACAAAAUUCAAUUACAAUAUUUAUCCUGGAGAAACAGACCUCAACAGCCACAUCUUCCUUGGGAGGAGACAGGAGUGGGAGCCUCAAGCUUGAAUUCCCUUUGCAGCCACAAGGCUGUUGGAAGAAAUCACCCAGAAUUAUUCUAGGCUAUUAUAAACCUCUCUUUCUCUCAGGAAGAGCAAAUCACAGUUUUAUUGGUUUAUCACUUAUUUUGCACUGAUCAAUAUGUAUUUUUCUUUCAAGAUUAUUGUCCUUAUCCCUAAAC